UAUCCAUGUGUUCCACUCAGGAACCUCAUACUACUCUCAACAAUAUUAACACUCAUUGAACUAAUAUCACGUCGGUCGCUUAACAAAAACCCGUAUAAAACACGAUCAAACACUGGUUCGUGGGCUCAGGAGGUGCAGGCAGAGACUACUCCACCUCCAUCGCAGCCAGCGGUCGAUACGGCAGCGAAGGAUAAGAAAGAACAAAAGAGGUUGGAAGCAGAUAUUUCAACCGCGAUAGAAAACCUGAGCGUCGAAAAGAAGAAGACGACCGAAGAAGCGAUGGAUACGUCGGAAGUAGUUCAAGAAAGAAGAUCCUUAGUUCAUGAUGUCAACCCAAGCGAUUGGGAACCCGCGAGAGCCAGUGACGCCCCAGCAGGCCCACUGGAAGUUACGUGGGAUACGAUGGAGUACGACAGAAGAAAGCCUUGGGCUACUUACCCGCAUGGGCCGUUAAGAGUCAACCCGGCACCUACUUCAUUAAUGAAAAAGCCAGAUGUAGAGCCGUACACUGUAGAAGAAUUGACAGCUCGUCAAUUCCGAACUGUGUUCGACUAUAUUACUACAAAUAAUAUUUUACGGGACCGCGUUCGUGCAUCACUAUUCCAGACAAAGAGACGACACCAGCGCGUCCCGCAGACUACGAAAAUAGUUCAACAUACUACACAGUCGUUUCAUAAUCUUGCAGUAAUCCUCGUCAGACGCCAGCCUCUCGAGAUCAGGUUUACUCAUCUCAUGGUUGGAUAG